UUCACCCAUAUUCAAUAAGCAAUUAAGCAGCCAUUAAAAUGCUUUGUCGAGAAUGGACAAGGGGUUUCUUCAACAGCAAGCCUUCUUCAACUUGCAUUUUGAUCUUCCAUGGGAUUGAAUCAUCCAUUUGUAAACACCUUGCUGUUUUUUUUUUUUUUUCAAACAGCUGAGCAGCCAUUGCUACUACAUUUCCAUCAAGGGAUUUGAGCCAAACAAAAAACUAUGGAGUUACAACUAAGAUUUUCUUUUUAGAUUUAAGCCAAUUGUCAACGAAAUAGAAAAUGAAAAUUCCUCGAAAGAUGAAACGUGGAAACAUGAAAGUAAGCCCGCCAAUAUCUCGCUUUGAAAACUUCUUUUUUCCCCCUCUCAUUUCGCCCUUCCUCUCUCUUUCAUUCCCUUUGCAGGACAAAGAAACAAAUCAUAACCCAUUUUUUUGGAUCACUUUUGGAACUCUCUGGGUGUUUUUUUUUUGUUUCUAAUUUGAUGUGAAAAAAAAACAGAAUUUCGGGGUUUCUUUUAGUGGGAUUUGGUGAAGGGUUUGGGGAAAAAAGGAGCUCUGGUUUUUGUUGAUGAGAGGCCGAAGCAGUAAUCAUAUGAAUCUAUGGAGAUUAGGAGAGUAUCAAGGGAAUCGGCUAACCUUCAACGCCUGAUGCUUGAGCGUCCUUUCAAUUUCCUUAAAUGGAAUGGCAGAUCUUGUUCGUCAUUGCAAUUCUGAGCGUGACAUUGAGCAAGCACUUAUCGCUUUGAAAAAGGGCACUCAACUCAUCAAGUAUAGCCGUAAAGGAAAACCCAAGUUUCGUGCAUUUAGACUCUCUCCGGAUGAAACAGCACUAAUAUGGUUAUCACAUGGAGAAGAGAAGACACUGAAAUUAAGCUUGGUCUCUCGUAUCGUUCUUGGACAACGAACUGCUGUUUUUAAAAGAUAUUUGCGCCCGGAAAAGGACUACUUGUCAUUUUCACUUCUAUACAAUAACGGUGAAAGAUCUCUCGACCUGAUCUGCAAGGACAAAGUUGAAGCCGAAGUUUGGUUAGCAGGGCUCAAGGCUUUGAUUGGACAGAACCGUAAUAGACGGACUGAGAGUGUUUUAAGUGACCUUCAAGAAGGAUAUUUUGUACGAAAUGGUCCCCGAUUUGGUACUGCUCUAGAAUCAAACAAUUUCUGUAAGGUGUCUAUAGAUUUCGGAAGCUCAGAUGUGGUAUCAGAACGUGAAAAUAUGCAGAUGAGAAAUAAUGGUGGAGAUGGUUUCCGACUUAGUGUUUCAAGCACGCAUAGCUGUGCGAGUGGUGGAUCUGCAGGUCCAGAUGAUAUAGAAUCAUUAGGUGAUCUUUAUGUGUGGGGAGAAGUUUGGUCCGAUGGACUUAAUCCUGAUGGGUCAGUAAGUUUAGUCCCAGCAAAAAUUGAUGUGCUAACUCCUAAGCCCCUAGAAUCAAAUGUUGUACUUGAUGUUCAUCAGAUAGCUUGUGGGGCAAGACACGUUGCUCUUGUAACGAAGCAAGGUGAAGUUUUCACUUGGGGUGAGGAAUUGGGUGGGAGACUUGGUCAUGGAAUAGAGAAAGACUUUAGCCGUCCCCAGUUAGUCGAGGUCUUGGCGCUAACUACUGUGGAAUUUGUUGCAUCUGGAGAGUAUCAGACAUGUGCUGUAUCCACAGCUGGUGAUUUAUUCACUUGGGGUGAUGGUACCCAUAAUGCCGGAAUCCUCGGUCAUGGCACUGACGUUAGCCACUGGAUUCCAAAAAGAGUUUCUGGUGCAUUAGAAGGUAUUCAAGUCUUAUCAAUCGCAUGUGGCGCAUGGCAUUCUGCUCUGGCAACUUCUGAUGGGAAGCUAUUCACAUUUGGAGAUGGAACAUUCGGUGUUCUUGGUCAUGGAGAUCGAGAAAGUGUUAAAUAUCCGAAACUAGUUCAAAUGUUAAGUGGACUAAAGACGAUUAAAGUUGCUUGUGGUGUAUGGCAUACAGCAGCCAUCGUAGAAGUUAUAGGCCAAGCUGGUGUUAACGUAUCAUCAAGAAAGUUGUUCACCUGGGGUGAUGGUGAUAAACACCGGCUAGGUCACGGAAGUAAGGAAACUUAUCUACUUCCUAACUGCGUAUCUUCACUAAUUGACUACAAUUUCCACCAGCUAGCUUGUGGACAUACGAUAACAGUUGCGCUUACUACAUCAGGACAUGUCUUUACCAUGGGUGGUACCGCACAUGGUCAACUAGGUAACCCGAACUCUGAUGGAAAGCUACCAUGUCUGGUGCAAGAAAAACUUGUAGGUGAAUUUGUUGAAGAAAUUUCAUGUGGGGCAUAUCAUGUUGCCGUCUUGACAUCAAGAAGCGAAGUAUUCACUUGGGGAAGAGGUGCAAACGGAAGACUAGGACAUGGUGACGUAGAAGAUAGAAAAACUCCAACAUUAGUCGAAUCAUUGAAGGAUAAGCAUGUCAAGAAUAUAUCAUGUGGCUCGAAUUUCACUUCAAGUAUAUGCAUACAUAAAUGGGUCUCGGGUACCGACCAAUCAGUUUGCUCUGGCUGCCGGCAAGCAUUCGGUUUUACUAGAAAGAGACACAAUUGUUAUAACUGUGGUAUGGUACAUUGCCAUGCUUGUAGUUCCAAGAAAGCAUUAAAAGCAGCAUUGGCUCCAACACCGGGUAAACCGCACCGUGUAUGCGAUACUUGCUAUGCAAAACUUAAAGCUGCAGAAGCUGGUAAUGCUUCAAAUCCGACUCGGAAAGUUAGCGGUCUCAAUUCUUCCAUAGAUAGUAGGGAAAGAUCAGAUAAGUUCGAAAUAAGGCCUUCGAGGCUCUUGCUUUAUCCCACAGCAGAACCAGCCAAGUACUUCGAGAUCAGGUCAGGAAAACAUGAGGCCAGAUCCAAUUCUCCGUCUCUAGUCCGAGGUUCGCAAGUACCAUCACUUCUACAACUUAAAGACGUUGCAUUUCCAAGCUCAUUCACUGCUAUUCAAAAUGUUUUAAAACCUGUUCCUUCUCCUUCUCCACCAUCACCACCACCUCCACCGGGAUCUUAUUCUCCUAUCAACUCGAGAUCUUCUUCACCGUACUCCAGGAGACCAAGCCCUCCCCGUUCCGCCACACCUGCAUUUUCGAAGGGCGUUAUGGAAAGCCUUAGGAAAUCAAAUGAACUUUUGAACCAAGAAGUAUCCAAAUUGCAAAAACAAAUCAAAAGUUUGAAGCAGAAAUAUGAUUCACAAGACAUGGAGAUUCUGAAACUACAAAAAAGUGCUCAACAAUCCACUUCAUAUGCCACAAAAGAAUCAUCCAAGUCUAAUGAAGCCAAGAAACUAGUGAAAUCCAUCACCGAUCAGUUAAUGGAAAUAACAGAGAAGUUGCCACCUGAAGUUUCUGAUGAUGAAACCUUUAAAGCUAUUCAAACUCGAGCCAAAACGUUCUUAAACCGACUUGAAACAUCUGAAACUUAUUUGCCUGCAAGCUUGGAAUCUUCACCUAUGGAAGGUAACACGGAUGCAAGCAAAUGGAGACCAUCAGAGUCUUCAGCAAUUAGAGACGGAAGUGAAAAAGAAAUUACCGAACAAUUCGAACCUGGAGUCUAUAUCACUUACGUUUAUCACAAUAAUGGUGGAAAGAUCUUCAAACGAGUUAGAUUCAGUAAAAGGAAGUUUGAUGAACAACAUGCGGGAGAAUGGUGGUCCAACAAUAAAGAUAGGGUGCUUAUGAGGUACAGUCCAAACGCGGCAAAACUGGCUUCGGCUGUUUCAUCCCCUACUCCACUGCCGGCUGAUGAAGAAACCAGUGAAGCUGCACCCCCUUCCUAGAGUACAUGUGUUCGGUAAAUAUUCAUUCAUAUGCGAGUACAAGGGUAUGAUUUCAAAUAUACCCAUGUCGGAUACAAAUUCGUGUCCAACACUUACUCGAGUUAAGAUCAAGGGGCUAUCUUGACAACAAUGGAUCAACAAUUAGGGGAUUUAUUUGUUUUUAGAAAAAAAAAAGGGUUGGCUAUAUAAAAUUCACUUUGCCUUAAGGUUCUCUUGAUUUCUUAAACCUAAUUUGUAACUGUACAAUAGAUAAUUUUUUUUUUCUUUUUCAAUAUGAUUUUUG